AUGGCUCUUGAAACAAUGCAUAAAGACUCCUGUAUGUGCUCAAAAUCUGAACUCGAUUUAUUUUCUAUUCCACCGACUCAAGUGGUAAUGGAAAAAGGAUUUUGGAAAGAUAUUGAUCCUAUUACGAGUUUAUCUUCUUCAGAUACGAUAGAAUUUUUCUGUGCUGCAAAUUCUGGAGUUUAUACCGACUUAGCAAGCAGUUAUCUAUACGUUAAAGCAAAGAUCACUACUGCAGCCGGAGGAAAUGUGGGUGCAGACAUUCAAGUUGGACCUUCAAACCUUUGGAUGCAUGCAUUAUUCUCACAAGUUGAAGUAUUUCUGAACAACAAACUGGUCACCCCAUCAAGCACAGCCUACCCUUACCGAGCGUAUAUCGAAACGAUCCUGAACUUUAGUAAAGAUGCCAAAGAUUCACAUUUGACCUCAGCACUGUUCUAUAAAGAUAAAGCUGGAAAGAUGGAUGUAGUAAACCCUCUCGCACAAGACGCCAACGUCAACACG